AUCAACACACCUCCACAACUCCCACAAUGGCAUCCAUAGUUUGGCUUUUAUGGUAGUUUCGGUUUUCUGUCGAGCCGCUCAUGGCUUCCAAAUCUAUUUUAGCGUGUUUCGUCGUGCUUUCCUUCUCUCUGAGUUCAUUUUCGAAGCCAUUAGAGGAAACCAAUGCUUUUACAGCUUGGCUCAAGCGUUUGGAUAGCGAAAUAAGGACGAAAGUCUUGUCAAGUGACAGUUGCGAAGUUUGUAAGUUGCUAUCUCUUCUGGCUCAAGCCACUUUCCUGGCAAACAAAAUAGAGGAUGAAGUGGUUUCUGUGUCACAGAAGGUCUGUAAAGAGUUGAAGAUAGAGGACGAUCGAGUAUGUACCCAGGUCAUAGUAGAAUUUCGAACUGAAGUGUUGACAGUUGCCGACAAAGUUUUCCUGAACCCUUCAGAGGUUUGUGGCAGCUUGUUUGGACCAACUUGCGCUCACAGAAGGGAUCCUGACGAAUUUUGGAAUAUAACAGUGCCUGGUAAAAAGCCGCCUGUGAAGCCUGUCCCGUCCCCAAAGCCUGGUUCACCAGUUUCCCGUGUCCUGCAGUUCUCUGACAUCCAUCUUGAUCAUCUGUAUAAAGAGGGAAGCAACCCAGACUGUGGUGAGCCACUGUGUUGCCGCAGUAAUGAUAGCCCCCCUGCACCUGGAAAACGAAAAGCAGGCAAGUAUGGGGACUAUUCAUGUGAUAUUCCACCAAUAACAUUUGAGAAUAUGCUCCAGCACAUCAACAACACUCAUCAGGAUAUUGAUUAUGCUCUAUGGACGGGAGAUAUUCCAGCACAUAAUAUUUGGAACCAGUCACGUUCAGACCAGUUAAAGGCCUUAGACUAUGCCACCAAACUUUUGGAAAAAUAUUUGCCUGGACUGAAAGUGUUUCCUGCAGUUGGCAAUCAUGAAAGUGCUCCAGUGAAUAGCUUUCCCCCUCCAUUCAUCACUGGUGCCAAUUCAAACCAGUGGCUGAGGGACUCUUUAGUUGACCACUGGAAGACCUGGUUACCAGAUGAUGCUUUACAAACAGUGAAAAAGGGAGGUUACUAUACAGUGUAUUUAUCAAAAGGAUUGAGAUUAGUGUCACUCAACAUGAACUACUGUAACAAUUUGAACUGGUGGCUCUUAAUCAACAAUGUCGACCCUGCUCAAGAACUCCAGUGGUUGAUAGACUUAUUACAGGAAGCUGAAGAUAAUGGCGAAAAGGUUCAUAUUAUCGGUCAUAUUCUUCCGGGAAACUCAGAUUGCCUCAAACCCUGGAGUUGGAAUUAUUACAAGAUUGUGAACCGCUACCAGAGCACUGUAACAGCACAGUUUUUUGCUCACACUCAUGCUGAUGAGUUUGAAAUCUUUUAUGAUGAGAAGACAAGGAAAACACCCACAAAUAUUGCCUUCAUUGGACCAAGUGUUACAACCUAUCAAGGCCACAACCCAGGCUACAGGAUUUAUGACAUUGAUGGAGAUUAUGCAAACAGCUCCAGGGUUGUAUUGAACCAUGAAACGUACAUUCUGGACCUUGAUGAAGCAAACAAGGGGAAUUUACAGUGGAAACUGGAGUAUUCAGCUAAGGAGGCUUAUGAUAUGCCAUCACUUUUACCUAAAGAUUGGAACGACUUGGUUCAUCGCAUGGCAACUAAUACCACCCUCUUCAAUACGUUCUACAAAUAUUUCUGGAAAUCUGCACCUAAUCAUUCAUGUGAUGCCAGCUGCCGUGAGAAUAUGCUGUGUCGAGUGAUGACUGGGCGCUCCCAUGACAACAGUGCCUGCACCCUUGUUCAAGAAACGUUUUCAGAAGAAAAGAGGCAAUUGUUUGAGCAGUCUUUAGAUGUCUGUUAGCAGCAAUCUCGUUUAACUUAUAUUUAAUUGUAUGCAAAUAAUCCCAUUGAAAUUGAAAAAGAGUUACUGACUUGAGGGUACUGUAGAAUGUUGAAAAAAUAAUUUGCAAUAGUAUGCGGUGCCCAUUAUCAAAGUCCAGCAUAAAAAACUGCUAGAAAUAUCUAUUUUGCCAAGUGUUUGAAUUAUUUACUUAAGUUAGUAACUUAUUGAGAAAUUAACGCACUGGAUUUCUUCUAGAAUGUCUGUUUAUAAUAAUGAUAUUUUAAUGGGAAGCUUUCUCACCCGUAGGUGAUCUACAGAAAGGUCCCAAUCCAAAAUAACAUUAAAUUAUUAAAAAAUAAAUACACAAAUUACAAAAGUAAAUUAUAGACUAAUAGAUUUAAAAAAAUUACUUUUAAACUGACAUAUGGUGUCAGAGUUCUUCAAGUCACUGUCCAAGGCAUUCCAGUCUUKAAAGGCAUGAUAACAAGUUCUCUGUUUACCCCAGUUCCGUUUUACUGUUGGAAGUCUAAGAUGAUCUUUGGAGCGAGUGUUAUAUCUAUGGACAUCGCUAUUUCUUGCAUGUGACUGAAAUUGUAGCAAAAUCCAGAUAAAAAAUUUCAAUCAUUUUUUUGUAAUUCCCAAAAGGCAUUAUUGUCCCUACGUAUGCCAGUGGACGGGUUUUGUAAACCUUUGUAUAUACUUGUAGAAUAGUGGAAUAGUUUAUAGCUAAUAAAAGGUGAAAUGCCAGUUACUUACUGUGUACAGAGUUAAGUCUUGCAAUAAAAACAUUCAUUUUAUGUAGAAAAGAAUAAAAUUAAUCAGAGUGCUG